UGCACCUGUCCCUGAGAACUUAAAUUGUUGUGCUUGUUAUUAUGUCACAUGGUUAAUCUCUACAGUAGGUCCCGCCAUUAAAAAGAAGAAGAUCAUGGAUAUGGUGGACAACGGCUGAUCGCAUACAUACUACACCCAUUCACGGAAAACACUUCAUACCCAUUUUCAAUGGGUCAAAUAGUAGAGACAUGAAGCAGACCUGAAGCACUGACCUAUCUGAUAUGCAAAUUAGCGAGUGACCUCAUUUAGCUACUCUUCGGGCAGGCUUUAGCUACUUUCCAUUGAAAAGUUGGCAACACUGACGUUUACCUUCAAUAGUCCAACAGCAGCCUUUGAAUUUGUGUGGAAAAGUUGUGUUGAAAUGUAGAGAAUUUCAAAAAAAUUGUUUAUUUAAACUUAUUUUGCAUUACUAUAUUAUUUGAGACUAUAUCAUUCAGUGCAACACCUUUAAGUUUAAGUGGCAUGUGUUAACUGUGCAACAACUAAAGGUGUGAAAACGUCAAAAUAUCACCUACCAGUGGAAGAACUUUCCCAUGAAUCAUCUUCUGACACAUUCUGAUGCUUAUUGUCUUUAUAAACUAUUAUUAAGUUACAAAGAAAAAAGAUUUUUACAAACAUUACACAAAACUAGAGAUCUUAUAACACACAUACGUUUUCCAGUGAAAUCUGUGAUCAACUUUGCAUUAUGUUUGACUGCACUUACAUAAAUCCUCAUUUAUCAAAAUGUGUUUUAUAUUAGGCCAUUGUAAGAUGAACGAACUCAUUUAACCAAAUAUGUCCUCAUAUCAAUAAAUAAAUGUGAGGCCUCCAUCUUAUCUGUGUAAAGUCACCUGCAGUUUCUUCUCUUGAACACUAGAGGUCUCUAUUACACAGAGUUGUGUUUUAUUUAUCAUCGUCCAGCUGUUUUGUUUUUUAAAUAUGCCGUUUUACAGCUACAUAUCACAUAAUAUUAUAUACCAUAUUUAUUUCUAUAUUUUUAUUUAUUGAUCUAUUUAUUUAUUGAUUUGGCAAACAUUUACAUGUAUUCAUUUAGCAGAUGCUUUUAUCCAAAGUGACUUACAAAGAGUUCAGUGAGCAAUAAGUGAUAUGUCAUACAGGAGCAAUAAUACAUUAGGUGCCAAUACAAAGUUACUGGUUUCAACAAAAGCUAAACCACAACCUGUUGAGAGAAAUAACUGACAUCUUCACAUAACCGUGAGACUCAGCCCCGUCCAUGUGGGUGAACAUGGCCUGCAUAGGAGCGUGAACCCAUCUGAGGGGCAAACCAUGAAUUCACCACGUGCUCGUGGACAUCAAUGGGUAGCAUAGACAGACAGAACACAGGCUCCUGUGAAGAGAGUUUGAGUUUACUGUAUGUGUUAUAGUUCAUCUUAAGUACUUUAAAAGACGUAUUGUGUGUCAAAACAUCAAAUGAUAUUUAAUUCUUCAUGAUGUGAGUCCUUCAGUGACAGUGUGUGUCUGUACAUUACACAACUGUGUGAGAGAGACCUAUAGUGUUCAUAUGAGGAAACUGCAGGAGACACGAGUUUACUUUCUGUCAGUGCAGUAUUAGGCCCUUUAUGAAUGCACAAUAAUUCUAAUAGAAACUAUUUAUUUUCUGCCGGUGUGUUUAUUAAUAUUAAAAUUCAGUCUCUGUUUAAAUAAAUUAUGUUUUUUGACAUGCAACAAUUGUUGCAAGAGGACAAUGACACAUUAGUAUAAACUGUAGCCUAAGGACGGUACAAAAUCUAUCAAUUCACAUAAUAAAUUAAGCACAUUGAUCAAUUAUCAUCAUUUGUCCUUAAAUAUCGUACUUCUCUUCUCAUGUGUGGAGGGGCCGGGGGGAUUAUAGAGGAUGAGCAGACGCUGAACUGACGUCUGUGUUCUGACCACAGAUGGAGGAGGAGCAACUCUGAACUUUAUAUUAACUUGUGGUUUUCACAACCUGCAUCUCUCCUGCAGACUAAUACUCUACAAUAUAUUUAUAUUGGCACUGAGUAUAAUAACAUGACUAAUAUUCUACUAUUUGAUCAUUUUUCAUGUCAUAAAUCCAUAUUUGAUCACAUGUGUCCUGCUAGCAGACUGUGUGUCAGUGGUGUGGUGGUGAAGAGGAGGAGGACAAACAUCUACAUCAUAAACACACCCACACCAGAAAGAGACGCUUCAUCUUUCUGUGUUAAAUACUUUCUCUCUGUCCUGUUGAUAAUAGUUUGAUGAUAAAAACCUUCACAAAUGUGUCAGAAAAUGUCUCGUCUGAUAGUUCUUCUGUCUUUAUUCUUCUGUCAUGUGGACGGUGUGUUUGGUGAUGAAGUGAAGUCAGUGUCAGUGAUGGAGGGACAUUCUGUUACUCUACACACUGAUGUUGUCAAACACAAAGAUGAUAAGAUAGUGUGGUAUUAUGGGCCUGAAAACACAUUUGUUGCCAGAAUCAAUGGAAAGAACAUUAGCACCAUAUAUUCUGAUGAUGAGAGACUCAGAGACAGACCGAGGCUGAACUAUCACACUGGAGAUCUCACCAUCACACACAUCACAUCUCAACACUCUGGACUUUAUACACUGAGGAUCAGCAGAAACAAGAAACCCUUAUACAAGACAUUCAAUCUUACUGUCAUUGGAAGUGACAUCAUCAAACAGACUGAAGAUCGGGUGAGUGACGUCAGUCACUUGUCUUCAGCUGGUCUGUCUGUUCCUGUCAUCUCCAGAGUCUCUUCUCAAUGUUCUUCAUCAUCUUCAUCAUCAUCAUGUUGUUGUGUGUUGUGUUCAGUGAUGAAUGUGUCACAUGAUGUGAGUGUCUCCUGGUACAAAGGAAAGAGUUUAUUGUCCAGCAUCAGUGUGUCUGAUCUCAACAUCAGACUCUCUCUACCUCUGGAGGUGGAAUAUCAGGAUACAAACACAUACAGAUGUGUGGUCAACAAUCCCAUCACAAACCUCACACAACAUCUACACAUCACUCAACUCUGUCACAUGUCUUCAGUUGGUGUCCACAGUUGUGGUUUUACUGAAACUGUGAUCCGAUUGGUCCUCUCUGCUGUAGUGGGUGUGGCUACUGUCGCUGUUCUCAUAUAUGACAUCAUAUGUAAAUGAGAAUAAUAAUCACUGAUGAUGAUCACAGAUAUUAUAAAUAUAAGAAUAAUCUUUAGAUAUUUCUUCAACAAUAUUUUAAACGGUUGUCUUUGUUGUUUCUCUGUUUUCUGUGUUAAUAAGUCUAAAGUUAUUAAAGCCUCAUACAGUGAUUUCAGUUGUCCAUAAGUUUUGCAAUAAAGUUAAAACAUGUAUAGUGUUUAAGCAAAUAAAUGUGGUGUUGUAGGAGUCAAAGUGAAAGUGUGGUCAAGUGGUCAAAGUGCUCAUCUGAUAGUGUUUGUGAGCAUGUUGUGUUCUGCUGAAAUAUUCCUUGUACAAUGUUCAGAUUUGUGGACAAAAUAUGAAUUUGAAGUUGCAAAGAAAUUGUCACAAAUGUGUAAACUGGCAUUUACAAAAUACAUCGGCAGAUACAAAUGCAUAGCACAUAUUUACUUGUUUUCAUAGAUUCAGAUUUGAAUUGCAACAUCUAAUAGGCAUCUACAACCUCUCAAAUCUGUCACUGCAGUAUCAAAUCUUACUGCCUUGACUUUUGCUACAACUUUCGCAAUAAACUUGAUGAAAAACUAACUUGUACACUUAAAAGCUCGAGAGAAAGAGAUGCAUUUGAUGACGUCAUGUGGGUGAGCCACAUCGCCCUCUAAUGGCAGGAAAAUCACAAAAAUAAUAAUCAUCCAUGAGGCUGUCAAAGAUCACCAGAAACACUAAAGAAAGUGCAUGUGCAAUGCCGUCUGUGCUCCAGUCUUUUGUCUGUAUUAUUGUUGAUUGUAGAGUUUGUACUGUAUUCGUUGUCCAUUUAUUAGUCCCCCCUUAACUACCCUGCAAAAUCCCCCUUCCCACUGCGAUGUACAGAAGCUGCUAAAUGUUUUUGAUUCCUCAUGUUCCUCUAUUUUGGAUUCUGUGGCCUCUGUCAGAAAUAUCUCCAACAGGGCUAAAUCUCAUCCAUGGUUUAAUGUUACAGCUCAGACGGGAUUGUAGAAAGAAAAACGAUGGGAUGUUUGUGAUCAAAAUGAUAUGCUUGAAACAGUUCUGUCAGGUUUUAGAGAUAACCAUAGCACAGAAUCAGCUCUUUUAAUGUUUUGAAGGACAUUUUCUUAUCAUGUGACUCUGGUCACUCUAUUCUUCUUAUGUUUUUGGAUUUAACCGCAGCAUUUGACACAAUCGAAAAUGCAAUUCUUAUCUCACACAUUGCUAAAAUAGUAGGGAUUCAAGGCACGGCUCUAACCUGGUUUAGGUCAUUUCUAUCAAACAGAAGCUUUUCUGUUCAUUUAGGCCAGACUUGCUCCUCCUCCUCCCCGCUGAUGUGUGGAGUCCCUCAAGGGUCCAUCCUUGCUCCCAUGUUAUUUGCCCUGUACAUGCUACCACUAGGGUCAUGACAUGCAAACUUAUCUGCCUGUGCAGAGAAAUAAUACAACCGAGUUGUACCCCCUCGUGAUUUGUCUGAAUGAGGUUAAAACAUGGCUCUCAAGUAGCUUUAAAAAUUUCAAUGAAAGUAAAACCGAGCUUGUCUGGUUUGGGGGACCUUAUCUGCUCGAGAUGCCUAAUUUAGAUGAACUAUAGACCAGAAGACAUUCCCAACUCUUCACAGAAUUAUAUUUUUUAUUUUUAUAUAUUUUAUAUAUUUUGAACAGCUUUCCACAUUCAUUGUUUUCACAAAAUGUACAUGAUACAUACAUGAUCAUACAUGCUAUACAUAAGUCAGAUUUGGAACAUUUCACAUUGACAUAAAUCUUUAAAACUAACUGAAGAAAUACAUAAGAAAUAAGAGAUCUAAGGGGGGAGUCAGAAAGCUUCCAAAACUCCCUUAUUUUGCGUUUUUUGGGAAAACUGAGGUAAUACUGAUGUUAAACUGCUUGAGGGGAAGUAAUUGAUGGAAGAAUUUUCAUUUUUGGCCAGAGUUACCCUUAAACUGUCGCCUCAUAUGACCGCUUUCAACAAGUUGGUAUGAUUUAUUAGGGUCUUCAUGAAAUGUGUGGAACAUGUUUUGCUUAAAAACAGUCGACGGCUGUGUAAACAAAACCCUUCUUGCAUCGUCAAAAAAAACUGCAGGAUGCAGUUCAUGCCCAGACCUGAUGGCAGAGCUGAGAAUGGGAAGCGGUGACCUGAGAAGAGCUAAGAGGAUAGAGCUGGUUAAAGGUCGCGACAACUUUGUUUUUCCUAAAACAUUUAAAAUGCUAUUAGAUUGUUAAUUAUAAUCUUAAAUCCUUCAUUUUUACAUUUUUAUAUUUUUAAUAAGCCUUGUUGUACAAGCACUGUUGAGCUUGUGCAGAGGCAGCAGCUUUUGCCAGAGGGGAACUGGAAUCCCCUGGUUGGGACUGGGUUCCCCUGAGGUUUUUUUUCUCGAUGGGAGUUUUGGGUUCCUCACCACCGUUUGCAUACUGUUUUGCACUAUCUGCCUGGCCGGGGGGCUGCUUUCGAAUUCAUACUUGUAUUCAAUGUGUCUCAUGUACAGCUGCUUUGUAAUAAUGAAAAUUGUAAAAAGCGCUAUAUAAAUAAAGUUGAGUUGAGAAUUGUU